AUGGCACCUCCUAAGAAAAGCGUUAAGAUGGACCUUAACUCGUUCUUGAACGACGAGUCCUUUGGUGAAUCGUGGGCUGAAGAAGAAGUUGAUUUGGAAAAGAUCAACAUUCCUACUCAAUCGACAAGAAUGGGAGCCAAACCAGGCUUGGAUUCGUUUGGUGGUGGUUUCGGUGGCGGUAAGGGAUCACGUUUGGAUCCAGCGUUGGGAAAUGAGAAAACGGACAGAGUGCAAUACGAUAUCCCCAAUUACCCACCCUACAGAGCUGUGAUCAACAAUUUGCCGUGGGAUGUAUCUGAGGAAGGUAUCAAGGCGUGGGUGGAAGACGGUUUGAACCGCCCAGGUGCUGUGGAAGACUUGGCAGCGCCCAAGGACUACAACGAACCUUCAAGACUAAAAGGGUUUGCAUUUGUAACCCUUUGCGACCGUGAGGCUUUAGAGGCUGCUCUAAAAUUCAAUGCUACCAAAUUGAACGAGCGUACCGUUUAUGUUUCCGUUGCUGCCCCUAACAAAGGUGGUUUCAGAGGUGGUGACAGAGGUUUCGACGACAUGGACUGGGGUGCCGCUAGAGGCUCCGCCUUCCAAGGCUCUUCCAGAAGAGAAGAAGUUGAUAUCGACUGGAGCAGUGCCAGAGGCUCUGGUUUCCAAGGCUCCACUGACAGAAGACCAAGAGCAGAAGAACCAAACUUGGACUGGGGUGUUGCUAGAGGCUCUGGAUUCCAAGCGUCCAGCGAGAGAAGACCAAGAGAAGAAGUGAACCUCGACUGGGGUGUUGCCAGAGGUUCUGGUUUCCAAGCCUCUAGUGAAAGGAAGCCUAGAGCUGAAGAACCAAACUUGGACUGGGGUUCUGCCAGAGGCUCCGGUUACCAACUGCCAAAAGACAGAAAGCCAAGAAGAGAAGAACCCGAUCUAGACUGGGGUUCUGCCAGAGGCACAGCCUUCCAUGAGAGACCUGCCAGAACCGAAAGAAAAUCCAGACCUGAACCAGAAUUGAACUGGGACGGAGCUCGCGGCUCCAACUUCGGUCAAUCGCGUUCGAACUCGAGACAAACCGGUGCUAAGCCAACUGCUAAGAACACUACGACUAACAAGGCUCAGGAAGGUCCAAAGAUUCAAAAGUCGGCAUACGAUGUUCUUUCAACAGAGGAUGAUGAUGAAGAAGAAGAAGAACAAACAGAAGCAACAUCCGCUCCAAAGGCCUCUGAAAAAGACACGUCCGUCGAAGACGUGACCAAAUCCACCGCUGAAUUGUCGGUAGCUGGUGACGAGGAUCAAGAAUGGGAAACUGUUGGCAAGAACUAA